CCACAGUUGCUGUGGUUCUGGUAGCAAAGCAGGAGGUGUGAUGGUGUUGUUGUGUAGCUAAAGUUGCUGGUUUGAUGGCGGGUUGUGGUGCUUUAGGGCAACGUGUGAAUGUCUGUGGUGAAAAGGUGUUGGGUUGAGCCCCAGAGAGAGAUUAGCAACGAGCAGAAAGUGCUGCUGAAGAAAGAUUGACGGAGUUGAAAGAAGUCUUGGUGGAGCCGGAGGAAGAGAUGGAGGAUGAGCGCAGACUGCUGGAUUUCAGCCGGAUCCCCCUGAUAAUCUUACAGCGAAUAGAUCCUGAAAAAAUUCUCUGUAAAGAUGAUGGAGUUCAAACUGAGCUCAGCAACCAGGAAGGAAACUCCACUUUAGAUGAGAAGGAACCAGAACCUGGGCAGACAAAAGAGGUGAAAAAGGAACAAGAACAACAACAGUUUGUAGAAGAAGAGAGGCAACUCUACACCUGUCUGGCUGAAAAGCAACUUGUGCUGAAACGGGAGACUGAUAACAUUUUAAUGAUUUCUUCUAACGUGCAAAGAGUCCACAGUGAAGAAGAACAAAGAAGGAACAAACUCAUUUCUCAGGCCCCCUCAGAAGUUGAGAACCAGGAUCAGGAAGGAAACACUGAGCAAACAGGAAAAAGGAGAGAAGAGCAGAAGCAAAAUGAGAAACAUCCAAAAGACACUGCUGACAUUUUAAAACCACAACCUGACCAAAAUAUUAAUUCUUGUAAAAUUGAUAGUAAAAACCUUUCUCAAAAAGGUCACGUUAAUAAGAUGAGAACAGACGAGCCCAAGAAGCCUUUCUCAUGUCUGAGCUGUGGAAAAAAGUUCCCCAAAAAAAGCCGUUUGAAAAUUCACAUAAGAACUCAUACAGGUGAGAAGCCUUUCUCAUGUGAGAACUGUGGAAAAAGUUUUGGUGAUAGAAGCACUUUAAGAUCUCACAUGAGAAUUCAUACAGGUGAGAAGCCUUUCACAUGUGAGACAUGUGGAAAAAGUUUUUCAAGGAAACAGAGCUUAGCAAGUCACACGAUGACUCACACAGGUGAGAAGCCUUUCACCUGUGUGAGUUGUGGAAAAGGGUUUAGAGAUAAAAGCCAUUUAAAAACGCACAUGAUAACUCACACAGGUGAGAAGCCUUUCACGUGUGUUACAUGUGGAAAAGGCUUUAGAGAUAAAGGCUACUUAAAAAUUCACAUGCAAGUUCACACAGAUGAGAAGCCUUUCUCAUGUGAGAAAUGUGGAAAAAGUUUUCCACUGAAACAGAGUUUGGCAAGUCACAUGAUAACUCACACAGACGAGAAGCCUUUCUCAUGUGAGAAAUGUGGAAAAAGUUUUCCAUGGAAACAGAGCUUAGCAAGUCACACGAUGACUCACACAGGUGAGAAGCCUUUCACCUGUGUGAGUUGUGGAAAAGGGUUUAGAAAUAAAAGCCAUUUAAAAAUGCACAUGACAGCUCACACAGGUGAGAAGCCUUUCACCUGUGUGAGUUGUGGAAAAGGGUUUAGAAAUAAAAGCCAUUUAAAAAUGCACAUGACAGCUCACACAGGUGAGAAGCCUUUCACCUGUGUGAGUUGUGGAAAAGGGUUUAGAAAUAAAAGCCAUUUAAAAAUGCACACGACAACUCACACAGGUGAGAAGCCUUUCACCUGUGUGAGUUGUGGAAAAGGGUUUAGAAAUAAAAGCCAUUUAAAAAUGCACAUGACAGCUCACACAGGUGAGAAGCCUUUCACCUGUGUGAGUUGUGGAAAAGGGUUUAGAAACAAAAGCUAUUUAAAAAUUCACAUGAGAAUACACACAGGUGAGAAGCCUUUCAUGUGUGUUACAUGUGGAAAACGCUUUAUACAUAAAAGCCUCUUAAAAGAUCACAUGCCAAUUCACACAGAUGAGAAGCCUUUGAACUGUAGGGGCUCCGUAUAG